AUGUCAUCAAAUUACAACUACGAUUUUAACCUUUCACAUCUGCUGAACCCGGAGAACGUACCUGAAAUGUCCACAGAGGACAUAAAUUCACAACUUGACUUUUGGAUUAAUGCCGAAUUCCAAUAUGACUUUCAGGUCAGCCCAACCAUCGAUACAAAACUUGAAGAUCAAGAUAGUUCAGUCACUCAACCGAUGAUAAUUCACGAUCUCUCACUCAAUGAUCAAACGCAACAAUCUUUAUAUCCGCUUUUCACUUUUCCAAGUACCAAUUUCACUUCUAUAUUCCCGACUGCUCCUAUAGUUCCAGUUUCUAUACCAACCGUUGUAAAUAAUCCAAUCAUUUUACCAAAGGAUGCUUCAUCUGAAAAUACCUCGAGCGUAAUUACAUCAGAGAUCAUACCUGAUCCUAAAGUCACAGAAACAGUUAUUACUAAAAAUGUUGCCGUUGCUGAUGUUUCAACUGCCGAUACAUCUACAUCCACCAACACUAAUUCAACCACUUCUACAAAUGUUACCGCUUUGUCAGGUUUGACUCUCAAUCGUAAAAAUUCAUCGAUGAAAUCAUCGAACAUAGAAAUCUCACAAGAUGAAUCCGUUAAAACAAAAGAUGAUGAAGAAAAGGUUGACCAUGAACUUUCCGCAAAAUUGGCUGCUGAGGAAGAUAAAAGGAGGAGAAAUACUGCCGCAUCUGCUAGAUUUCGUGUAAAGAAAAAGAUGCGAGAGCAAGCUCUUGAAAGAACCGCAAGGGAAAUGACGGCUAAAGCCGAAACGCUUGAAGGUCGUGUAAGAGAACUUGAAAUGGAAAUCAAAUGGUUGAGAAGUUUAAUUGUAGAAAAAGAUGCCAGACUUUUAGAUUGA